AUGAGAAUAAAAACCGAUCUCACCAUUCGGAUUCAUGAAGCCCAGCAGGAAGCAGUUAAACUAGAGAACUCACGAGCCAGAUCACUGUGUGGUAUGGAAGUGAAGUUGGUUCCAAAGGAAAACGGAACAUUAUACUUCAUGGAACGAAUUUGGGCACCAUCCUUGGGCAAUCUACGAGCACUUAUCCUGGUCGAAGCUCAUAAGUCGAGGUACUUGAUCCGUCCUGGAUCCGACAAGAUGUACCCAGACUUAAAAGAUUGGUAUUGGUGGCCCAAGAUGAAAGCCGACAUUUAUGUAUAUGUGGGUAACUGCCUUACUUGCGCCAAAAUUAAGGCAGAAUACCCGAACCCGUCAGGGUUACUGCAGCAACAUGAGGUUUCCGUUUGGAAGUAG